AGGUAAGUAGACGUGAGCUCUACAACAACUCCAGUUGCUCUUCCUCUAUCUUUGGCUAUCUCGAAAAAGAUGGAUAUCCUCGGAAUUCUAGUUCUUCUCAUGUUUCUCGUGGUCACGUUGGCGUUCAUAGGGUGCUGUCUCGUUUGCGGCUGUUGCUGUUUCAGCAACGACGCCGCCAUUCCUCUGACUAUCCUCCGGCAUCGCGCAGCAGGAGGAAGCACAGACAAACCAACAAGAACAAUAAACCACCCAGACGGGGGCACCACGGACGGUCAAGAGGUGAAGCUUUCCGGCGCGGCAGCCAGAGUAUUGAAGGAGCUGGACCUUAUUCCAGCUGGCAUCGAGGUGGAGCCACGGCGAAAAAAUAGCAAAGGGAGAAAGCAGUCUGGAAGUAGCAGUCAUUCGGGUCGUGGUGCACGAGGAAAUAAAGCAAAGGAUUUUGGCGCUUCGUCGUUGAGCAAAGGUGAGGAGAGCGACGAGGAACUGGACCAAAUUUCUGUCGAUGCAGUUCGCCCCGACAAGAUCGUGUUCGAGGAAGCACCCCCAACGCGCAAGCCAAGACCACCAGGCGACUUGACUGUGUGGGCCGAAGAGUCUGCACCGCAACUGGCUUCGAACCAGAAAAUGAUGCGAGGUGGAGUCGUCGUUUCUAUCUGAAAUUGAAGAAAAAUAUGAUCUGAAGAAAGUACCCGAAAAUGUGUAACUACGAUCGACCCAAUCCCAUCCAAACAAGCAUGGAAAGCAAGCUUAGAUGCCACAUUUUGAAGUUCACCCGCGCUUCGAUCAACAACUGUUUUUGGGGACUUGACGCAGAGCAAGCCCAAGCAAUUAUUGUUUCGAGGAUCAAUUCAAGAACUUCUAUGUAUUGCGGAAGACGAGCAGCAGUGUACUUAAGAUGAUAAGAACGCUCUAACCGCGGCUUUCCGUCGCAGUGGCAGUGAUCAUCUCAAUGGAUCUGAUACGUAUAAAGCAAAGAGUGCCGGGCGUGCGCUCAGGCGCACGAGAUCAUCAUUACUACUCAAACAAUACUGAUUUACUACCUCCUUGAAUGACC